CUGAUUUGGGGAUCCGCGAGGGCUUCGAGAGUUGUGCGAACACUCUCUGAUUUUGUUCUUCUACAACGAGCGGCGAUUUGCGAACUGGUCUCCUCCUGAUUCCUCGUCUUCUCUGUGUCAUCCGGAUAAGUUUGUAAUCUCAGAUGGAUGAGUUUUUACAAACGCUUUCAAGCUCGACUGGCGUCUGUCAUCCAGAUUGUGUACGAGCAAGCAAUGCGCAAGAUGAUUACGAUGCAUCUCAAUCUGCAGCUUUGAUAGCUGUGAGUCUGAUUAGCUCUGCACGGGUUAUCUCCAAACUCGACGCUGAGAUUACUGAGUACUCAGCUCAGUAUUUGGUGGAUAACGUUGGGAAGGAAGAAGUGGAGGGAGAAAUGGAUCAAGAAAGCUGUCAGUACACUCCCGAAAACAUACUUCGGUACUUGGUUGAAAACGUUUGGACCAAGAAGGAAGAUAGGCAGGAAGAAGUGGUUCAACAACGCCGUGAUCUCACUGAGCUCACUGUCAAAGAAUGCCUUGAAUCUGCUUUUAAAAAAGGGCUACCGAGAAGAGAACAUUGGGCUCAUUUGGGAUGUGUGUCCAAGGUUCCCCCAUUUGCUUGUCAGAUACCUCGCGUUCCCAUGAAAGGAGAAGUGAUUGAGGCUACCAAUUGGGAUGAAGCACUUGAGCUGGCUAUGCAACAACCGGUGGGAGCAAGACUGCAUGUGUUCAGUCCAGAGUUCGAUCUUCGUCUUGGAGAGAAGGGAAUUUACGAUGGGCCGUCAGGCAAGGGAACUAGAUAUGUUGGACUUAGAGAUGUGAUAAUAGUUGAAGCGGCGAGGAUCAAGGGAAAGGAUGUUGCGACUGUUCAAAUAUGCUACAAGAAGCAGACCUCAUUUGUCAAAGUUGCUGUGAAAAGUAGAUCACUCCGGCUUGGUGGCGACAAGUCUCAGGUCAUCAAGCGAACAUCACUGCUUGUUGACUUCUGUAUGCCUCGCUUUUCUAUCAACUAAACAAGAGCCUGAGAUCGUGGUAAGUAUCCGGAGAUUUUUAUGCUAGUUGUGAAACUUGUUUGUUUGGUCCUGUAUUAAGAAUGGUUUAUGCGACUUGUUUUCUGUUUAAGAAGUUACGUAUUUUGAAAACCCUAUGUUUGUUGUUGUGGAACCCUGUUUGUGGUCAGAAAUUAAAGAUUGUGUUAUGAGACUUUUUAUCUGUGU